UCAAAAUACAACUCUGCGUGCGGCGAAACGCCAUUUUUCAAUCAAUGCAAGAAAAUUUUUCACAGUGGCGUGGCUUUAACUUAUGCUAUUUUAAAAAGUGAAAUUCAGUCAAAUUUAAACAUUAAACAGUGUCAAAAGAUUCUUAAAAACAAACAUGGAUAGAGGUGGUUAUGGCGGUGCUGGUGGCGGAGGAGGUUACAAUAACUUUUCUGUACCACCACCGAAUUUCCAGCAGCAAAUGCAACCCAAAAGUGGAGGCUACAACGAUCAAUCUUCCUACAAUAAAGGAGGUUAUGAUUCAGGUAGUCGCGGCGGUGGUGGUGGCGGCGGCGGUUGGAAUGACCGUGGAAGUAGCGGUGGCGGCGGUUAUGGAAAUGGAGGCGGCAGCAAGGACGGCUACAAUAAAGGCGGCUAUAGUGGUGGCGGCGGCGGCGGCGGAGCUGGUGGUUCCGAAAUGGUUACUCAAGAAGACACCAUAUUUGUGUCGGGUAUGGAUCCUGCUACCGAUGAAAUGGCGAUUGAAACGCAUUUCGGCGCUAUAGGAAUAAUCAAGAAAGAUAAACGUACUAUGAAGCCCAAAAUUUGGUUAUACAAGCACAAAGAUACGGGCGUUUCUAAAGGUGAAGCCACUGUAACCUAUGACGAUACAAAUGCCGCACAAUCUGCCAUCGCUUGGUUUGAUGGCCGCGAUUUCAAUGGCUGCACGAUUAAAGUUUCGUUAGCACAACGUCAGAAUAACUGGAAGGGCGGACGCGGAGGCGGUAGUGGUGGUGGUGGCGGCGGUUUCGGUGGCCGCGGCGGACCUGGCGGUGGUCGUGGUGGUGGCGGUAGAUUUGAUCGCGGUGGCGGUGGCGGCGGACCGGGUGGUGAUUACGAUUCCGGCCGUGGCGGUGAUCGCGGAGGCCGUGGUAGAAUGGGAGGUGGCGGCGGCGGCGGUGGCGGUGGUGGUAACGUGCAACAACGCGAAGGUGACUGGAAGUGUAGCAGUUGUAAUAAUACCAACUUUUCUUGGCGCAACGAGUGCAAUAGGUGUAAAGAACCUAAAAGUGAUGGUGAUAAUGAAGGUGGUAGCAGCGGAGGUGGCGGCUAUGGCGGUGGUGGUUAUGGUGGUGGUGGCGGCGGCGGCGGUGGUUAUGGCAAUGACCGCGGUAGUGGUGGUGGUGGUUAUGGCAAUAACGAACGUGGUGGCGGCGGUGGUGGUUACGGUAACCGAGAUCGCGGAAAUGGCGGCGGCGGCGGUGGUGGUGGUGGAUUCAAUCGCUUCGGUGGCGGAGGCGGUGGUGGCCGUGGAGGCGGCGGAGGUGGCGGAGGCCGCGGUAUGGGAGGUGGUGGUCGCCGUGAUGGUGGCGGUGGUCCUGUUAGAAAUGACGGUGGCAAUCGGCCCAGACCCUAUUAACCGUUGUGCGAUUUUAAAUUAUAUAUGUAUUUAACUAUAAAGAGAUUUUUUAAGUCAAGCAGAUUUAUUGUGUUAAGAUCGUAAUUAUUACUGCUAUCGAAAUAUCAACAGUUUGCACGAAAAGUCGAUAUGAUGGAACAAAAAUAAUGACAAAUGUAUAUUACGAUGUAUCAUCUUUCAAAAAUAAAGAAACUUAAUUUUUAAUUUUAAUGACCAAAUAA